AUGCGAAUAUUUGAAAUAAUUGGAGAACUUGUUGGUUUACAAAUGUUUAUGCAAUAUAUAACAACGGCAACAUCUUUAGCAUUUUUAUCUGUUUAUUUUUUACAAAUUAAAACAAAUUCGGAAAUGACAAGUUUAAUACUAAUUUAUGUAGCAUUUCUUCAACAAAUAUUUUUAACAUCAUUUUUCGCUGAAAUGCUUAAAACAGAAAGUGAAAAUUUAACAAAUUCAUUAUAUUCAACAGAUUGGAUAAGUAAAGAUAAAAAAUUUCAUAAAAUUUUAAUGAUAUUUAUGGAAAUGUCACAAAAAGAUUUUAGUAUGAAUGCUGCUUGGAUGCCAGUCAAUUUGAAUUUUUUUAUGCAGGCUAGUAUUAUUAAUUCUAUAGAAUAA